CGGAGGCGGAGGCCAGUUCCCCAGUUCCAGUCGCCGUCGCCUGCACAGUUGCAGCCGCCGCCUCCCAGCCGCUCGCCCAAGGAAAAGGGAACGCGCGCGAGCUCGGGCGUCCCCGCCCCAGUCUUUCCCCGGAACCAUGAACCCUAACUGUGCCCGGUGCGGCAAGAUCGUGUAUCCCACGGAGAAGGUGAACUGUCUGGAUAAGUUCUGGCAUAAAGCAUGCUUUCACUGCGAGACCUGCAAGAUGACCCUGAACAUGAAGAACUACAAGGGCUAUGAGAAGAAACCUUACUGCAAUGCACACUACCCCAAGCAGUCCUUCACCAUGGUGGCCGACACUCCGGAAAACCUCCGCCUCAAGCAACAGAGCGAACUGCAGAGUCAGGUGCGCUACAAGGAGGAGUUUGAGAAGAACAAGGGUAAAGGCUUCAGCGUGGUGGCGGACACACCUGAGCUGCAGAGAAUCAAGAAGACCCAGGACCAGAUCAGCAACAUCAAAUACCAUGAGGAGUUUGAGAAGAGCCGCAUGGGGCCCAGUGGAGGCGAAGGUGUGGAGCCAGAGCGCCGAGAACCCCAGGACAGCAGCAGCUACCGGAGGCCGCCAGAGCAGCAACAACCACAGCCUCACCACAUCCCGACCAGUGCCCCAGUCUACCAGCAGUCCCAACAGCAGCAGCUGACUCAGUCCUAUGGUGGCUACAAGGAGCCCGCAGCCCCUGUCUCCAUACAGCGUAGUGCCCCGGGUGGCGGCGGGAAACGGUACCGUGCAGUGUAUGACUACAGUGCUGCCGACGAGGACGAGGUCUCCUUCCAGGAUGGGGACACCAUCGUCAACGUGCAGCAGAUCGAUGACGGCUGGAUGUAUGGGACCGUGGAGCGCACCGGCGACACAGGGAUGCUGCCAGCCAACUACGUGGAGGCCAUCUGAGCCCUGUGCCGCCCCACCCUCCGUCUUCAGUGCAUUCCAUGGCAUCACAUCUGUCCUGGGGCCUGACCCAUCCA